AUGAAAGACUACACAAUUACAGUAUUAGGAUGCGGUGUUAUGGGCACAGCUGUAACAUCAGCUAUUUUGAAAUCUAAAUUUGACCCAUACCCAAAAAAGAUUAUAGCAUGUACUAUUCCAAGCCAAGAACAAAGCUUGAAAGAAACGUUUGCCAAUCAACCAUUGGUUCAUGUAUCUGCUGGAGUUGAAAACAACAAUAAGGCAGUUACUGAGGCAGAUGUUAUUAUUUUAGGAUGCAAGCCAUAUAUGUAUGAGAGCAUUUAUGAAGAAGUUAAGCAAUCAUUGACUGGUAAACAAUUAUUAAUCUCGUUAUUGGCAGGGACAACUAUAAAGGAAUUGUCUAUUUUCACUCCAUAUGUUGCCAAAGUCAUGACCAACACCCCAGCUAGAUUUGGCUGUGGUACUGCAGCAAUUGCAUUUGCCCCAGAAGUCAGUGAAGAAAGCCAAGAGUUGGUAAUGAAAUUGAUUGAUACCGUUGGUAUGACUGUGAAAAUUCCCGAGAAGAACAUGGACAUUGCAACCUCAUUGAUUGGGUCAGGACCAGCCUUUUGUUUAUUGAUGAUGGAGUCCAUGAUAGAUGGUGCGGUUAGAAUGGGUAUGCCAUACGAUGUAGCAUCUGUUGCUGCGGCCAAGGUGAUGGAAGGCACUGCCCGCAUGGUCUUGGAAACUGGUGAACAUCCAGCUGCAUUAAAGAGCAAAGUAUGCACUCCUGGUGGUACUACAAUCGGUGGCUUGUUGACCAUGGAAGAUCGCGGAUUAAGAAGUGCAAUUGCUAGAGGUGUUGAAGAGGCAGCUAACAUAUCUGCUUCAUUUGCUAAAAAGUAA